CAGGCUUUGAUUAGUGUUUUAGACUCAUAACACACAUUUCUCUGGAGCUGAUGUUUUCCUAACACUUUCAGCUUGGCUUAAAAAGCUACUUCGCUGGAAUGUUUUAAAGGGUUAAAAACCCUCUAGGAUAUGAAGUUAAUUUAAAUUAAUUGAAGGAAAUACUUCUGGCCUCACCAAAGAAAUAACUGGAAUCAUGGAUCAGAACAACAGCUUGCCACCCUACGCUCAAGGCUUAGCCUCCCCUCAGGGUGCAAUGACUCCAGGAAUUCCAAUUUUUAGCCCGAUGAUGCCAUAUGGCACAGGACUGACACCACAGCCUGUCCAGAGCACCAACAGUCUGUCCAUCCUAGAGGAACAGCAGCGGCAGCAGCAGCAGCAACAAGCAGCGCAGCAAUCUACAUCACAGCAAGCGACACAGGGAACAUCUGGUCAAACCCCCCAGCUCUUCCACUCACAGACUCUUACCACAGCCCCUUUACCGGGAACUACACCUCUGUACCCCUCUCCGAUGACUCCGAUGACUCCAAUAACUCCUGCAACACCGGCAUCCGAGAGCUCUGGGAUAGUGCCACAGCUGCAGAAUAUUGUGUCCACGGUGAAUCUUGGUUGCAAACUUGACCUAAAAACAAUUGCGCUUCGUGCCCGAAAUGCUGAAUAUAAUCCCAAGCGUUUUGCUGCUGUUAUUAUGAGAAUAAGAGAGCCACGUACUACUGCACUUAUAUUCAGCUCUGGAAAAAUGGUGUGCACAGGAGCAAAAAGUGAGGAGCAAUCCAGACUGGCAGCAAGGAAGUAUGCAAGAGUUGUUCAGAAACUGGGUUUUCCUGCAAAAUUCUUGGAUUUUAAAAUUCAGAACAUGGUGGGCAGCUGUGAUGUGAAAUUUCCCAUCAGAUUAGAAGGAUUGGUACUCACACACCAGCAGUUCAGCAGCUAUGAGCCAGAACUGUUUCCUGGCUUAAUCUACAGAAUGAUCAAGCCAAGAAUUGUUCUCCUUAUUUUUGUUUCUGGAAAAGUGGUUUUAACUGGUGCUAAAGUACGAGCAGAAAUCUAUGAAGCAUUUGAAAACAUCUAUCCUAUUUUAAAGGGAUUCAGAAAGACAACGUAACAGUUUCUACAUCUUUCAGAGAAAUCAGGGGUAUAUUUUAAAAGGUAUUGCGUAUGGCACAGCAGUAACAAGAGACGGACUUCCGGUGAAACUGCAACACCAGGAAUUGGACUAUUUCCCAGUCAGUGCCUACUUCCCUGAUGCUCAAGGGGAACUGUAUUAUUAUGUUUACUGAGUUACUGUGAGUUGCUUUACUGGGCUGUUCCUGGAGCAGUCCCUCCAAGUUUUAUUUAUGUUCUAGCUUUUAAAUAGUUUUAAUGCCAGUUCUAUUACUAGAAAAUGCAUAAGUUGGUUUAAAAGACAAAUGCAACUGUGUCACUCAGUGUAUAAACCACUUAAAUUGCCAUGUAUAUAUGUUUUAACUUUCUUCCGUAAGACCAUGGUUUUUAUAAUUUUCAGAACUUAAGCUUUUAAAUUUUUUCAAUUUUAAAUUUCUUCAGUGCCAGACACAUUCCCUCUUUCCAGUAUUAAGCAAGACAGAAUAAAUUUAUUAAUGAAAAUGGCUCACUGUACAUAUAUAUAUAAUAUAUACCUUCCUUCUCUUUCCUCCUUCAGCUCCACAUGUACAAUAAACCCUGUUUAU